CUUUAUAUUCGAAUACGAAAGUCAAUGCGAAGAGGGCUGACGGCUGCGCGCAGUCCAGGUUUCGUUUCGCUGUGGAUUAUCCUUCGGAAGACGAAUCAAUAUCGGGACAGUUCAGUCAGUUAAAAAUGGCAGAUUCUGAAUUUGAAGAAUUCAGACAUAGUUUUGAAAAGCUACCCUCACACAUCAAAGCACCUGCCCCGUUUUAUUCGCUAGUUCACGACGUUACGGUGGAUGAAGAUUCUCCAACGUCUUCCAAAAGUGAUGGCGAAACAGACUUUGAUAUACAACGGGAAACAGGCUCCCCGACGUUACUGUGCCCUCAGGAAGACAUUUCCGGACAAACAACUAGAGGAAAUUGUAUAAGCAUAGGAGGUGAACGAAGAAGACGGAAACUGCCAGAAAUACCAAAAAAUAAAAAAUGUAUAGCAUCUGUUAUGAGUGUUUACCACGCACAACAACAACAACAACAACCAACUCUAUCAAGGGAACUUUCUCUAGCAGAUGAAUUAGGGGGUGGUGGUAGUAGCAGCAGCGGACCAAGUUCGUUAGUGUUCCUAAAAUGUGGCUAUUUACGGGAUUCAGAUUCUCCAGAUUCAGACAGACUGCUGACAGAUGUAGAUAGUGGACAUAGUACAGCUCAUUCUCCAACUGACUGUCCCAAAUCCUUAUCUCCAUUGUUGGGAAUGUCCCCUGCCUCGUUAGGAGGCGGUUUGUUAUAUCCAGAUGUAGACAUGCUAGAAGCCACUCAUCGAGGGUUACAUAAAUUCAUACCCAGACAUGAAGAUGAAAUUGAAGUCGAAAUAGGCGAUCCUAUAUACGUUCAAAAGGAGGCAGACGAUCUUUGGAGUGAAGGGGUGAAUUUACGGACAGGAAGAUUAGGAAUAUUUCCUUCUGCUUAUGCAGUCGACAGUGAUUACACAGACUGGGAUUCGACCUGUGAACGUGGCAGACGAGAGAGAUAUUUAUUAGGAUAUUUAGGAUCAGUAGAAACAUUAUCUCAUAAGGGUACAUCGGUGGUGUGCCAGGCUGUACGAAGGGUACUCGGUUCUGGAAAUGGGCCUUGUCCGCAAUCCUGUAUUUUAGAAGUGUCUGAUCAAGGACUUCGAAUGGUAGACAGAAGAAAAAAAGAACAAAGUGAACCUUGUAUCGAUUAUUUUUAUUCGCUCAAGAACGUUUCGUUUUGCGCUUUCCAUCCUCGCGACCAUAGGUAUCUUGGAUUUAUAACAAAGCAUCCGACAUUACAAAGGUUUGCUUGUCACGUAUUCCGUGGAAAUGAUUCUACCAGACCUGUAGCAGAGAGUGUGGGGCGUGCCUUCCAAAGAUUUUACCAGAAGUUUAUUGAGACUGCUUACCCGAUCGAAGACAUUUAUAUAGAAUAAAAGAAGCAAUACACAAAACGUGUAAAUACACAACAAUACAAAAUAAUACAAUAAGUAGUACCUUCAUUACAUGUAUCUGAAAAGUAUAAAUUAAUUAAUUAAAUAUUAAUUUAAUCAGCUUUUCAAAUUGAUAAACGACUCAACGCUGAUAAAUCGUAACAAUCAUUAAUUCUUCAUCAUCCCCGAAAAGAAAAGAAGACCAUUGAGGUGCUGUAUAAAAAUUAAUUGUAUGAGAAUCAGUAUUAAAUAUAGCAUCUGUAAAAAAUUAUCGUACUAUAUUAUAUAUGACGAUUUGUCUAAAAAGAAUUUAGUAUAUAGAUUUUAAAUUUUCUAUUUUCGAUGUACGAAUUAUCUAUUUGCUCUUGUAGAAAAAUAACAUCAGAUAUUAAGGAGCUGAAAUAAACGAAACCAGAAUUAUUUACUGAUUUAUACUUUUUUUGACUGUAUUUGUUCGCUUCUGUCAAAUUCCUCUUAUGAGAAUAUUCUAAUGCAGUCAAAUUGUUAACUCAUGAACAAGAUAAUUAAUGUUUGAUUGUACGAGACGGUAAAUUAAUGAAAAUAAAAUGCCUGGAACAAGAUUUCCUAAAAUACUUUGUGUUCAAGAUAUUAUUCUAAAAUACAUAAAAAAAUACUAUAAUUAUAUAUGUAUGAUUCACAAUUAAAAUUUGCUUUACCAGUCACAUAUCAAUAAAAACGAUGGUAAGUGGUCAUUCAUAAAGUACGUCACACCAAUUUCAUGAUUUUUUGACCCUUUCCCUAUCCUUGUCAUAGUUAGUCACAUUUAGAAAUUAUUAAACUAAAACAGCAACUCCAAAAUUAGUUUUAUUUCCAUUUAAAUUAUUUUUUAAUAUAAUCAACAUCAAAUCAAAGAUUUGCAAAAAUUAACAAAACAAUAAGUUAUUAAUUAUAUUAAUGAAAAUUACGAACAAUGGUCUUGAAUGCAUGAACUUUGAACUCACCCCUUCAAAUUGUUAAAACAAUUUAAAUAUUUGAACCCUAUGCCCAUACAGAUAGAGUUGGAAAUAUUUUUAAAUUUUCGUUAAUAGUUCAAAUUUGGCAUUUUAAUACUUUAGAUUUUGAAAUAUGACGUCACGCAACGUCCUACCACUUCUUGUCACAUAAUAUUUCGACCCCUUCCUUCCGUCUUAACGUGUGACGUAUUUUAAAAAUGACCCCUAAUAUAUAAUAUUAUUUUGCCUAAAUACUGUUUUUCUCAGGGACGUUAUUGUUAUGUUAACUUUUAAUGGAUUCUGGUUGAUCAAUAAUUUUGCAAUAAUAUUCACCUUUGUUUUUUCAUUAAACAGCAAUUCAUACUAUAACUGAUACAUCUAGCAGCGUAAAUAACGCUUUGCAAAUAUGUUAUCACAACUAAGACAAAAGCUGUUUAAUGUGAGGAUAUAUUUAUAACAUUUAAUAAAAAAAAAAAGAAAAAAUAAUCU